CAGUUUCAUUGAAUUUAGGCUACAAAACCCCUAGUCUAGGUUUAUGUCUAAACAGUUCCCAGUAAGGCUUUAUAGAAGACAGUUUAAACAGUAAGUGACUGCUGGAAGUACUGUGUGCCUUGAGAUUUUGUUUUGGUGUACCCUGGUCACAAAAACUUUGAAAACCACAGCUGCACUGUAUAUAAAUAUAAAAGUCUGACUUUGCAUGAAACUUUUCUACACAAUGAAGAUGUUUAAUGUGCUCCAGACGGCUGUGCUGCUUCUGCUCAGCAGCUCUGAAGUGAAACAUGUAAAAGUGAGAGAUAGUGCCCAAAGCUAUAUGUUGUGAACUUUAGAAAAUCAGUCAAAAGGUGCAUUAUACAUUAACCACCAUGUAUUGGUUCACCACUGCAAAGAUUGUAAGAAUUAUCAAGCUACUGUGCUGCAUUUAUGACUGCUGUCGCUGUAAUGAGAAACAGACUCAGGACAGAGGAGGGGCAAUGAGCUCAGUUUAUCUUCACAGGCAUAAUCGGACAAAAACGGACAGAAAGCUGGAGUGAGAAUCUGACGGGAUCCCAUUAGAUUAAAAUCAUACCUAAAAAUUGAAUUAUUGAAAAGUUGAAAAAGAUUCUUUUCCAAGAGCAGUUAGUAGACUCAGGACUACUCAGAGGUCAGAGGAACUUCAAGAAGUGUAUUCUUGUAAUUGAGCAAACAGGGAAAAAAGUUAGGGACAAAAAGAGGAAAAAAAAGAGCAGUGCGUUUAACAUUGUGUCAAAGUUUAAGAAAUGUUCUCCAGUGUUAUCUCAGCUGUAUGUUUGGCGCUGUGGAUCAGUUCUGCUGUCAACUCGGCUGAGGAUGAGCACAUGACCCGAGCUCUGCAGCUGAUGUCUGAGACCCCACUCAUUGACGGCCACAACGACCUGCCUUGGCAGCUUCGAAAGCAAUUCAACAAUGAGCUCAACAAAGUGGAUCUGAACAAGCUGGAAACAACACAUACCAACAUCCCGAAGAUCAAGAAGGGACGAUUGGGAGCGCAGUUCUGGUCAGCAUAUGUUCCCUGUGAGACUCAGUACAAAGAUGCUGUCAGACAGACACUGGAGCAGAUCGAUGUGGUUCACAGGUUGUGCCAAAAAUACCCAGAAACCUUCAAGUUUGCCACCAGUAGCGAAGAAAUCAUGGAGGCUUUCAACAUGAACAGGACAGCCAGUCUGAUUGGUGUGGAGGGGGGUCACUCCCUGGACAGCAGUCUGGGCUCUCUACGCACCAUGUACCAGCUGGGGGUCCGCUACCUGACGGUCACACACUCCUGCAACACGCCCUGGGCCGAUAACUGGCUCGUCGACACUGGAUCAGAGCCGUCUGAACACAAUGGCCUGUCUCCAUUUGGCAAGCAACUAAUAGUGGAAAUGAACCGUCUGGGGAUGCUGAUCGACCUCGCCCAUGUGACUGUAGCCGUGAUGAACCAGGUGCUGGACAUGUCUAAAGCUCCGGUCAUCUUCAGCCACUCGUCUGCCUACAGCAUCUGUCCACACAAGAGGAAUGUCCCCGAUGAUGUCCUCAGGAGAGUGAAUGAGACAAGAGGAAUUGUCAUGGUGAACUUCUACAACGACUACGUGACCUGCAGCAAGACCGCUAAACUCUCAGAUGUUGCUGAUCACUUUGACCAUAUAAAGAAAGUGGGCGGGGCAGGUAUUGUUGGCUUUGGUGGAGAUUACGACGGCGUUACAAGACUUCCGGAGGGUCUGGAGGACGUCUCCAAGGUGCCCAACGUGGUGGCUGAGCUGCUGAGGAGAGGAUGGACCGAUGAGGAGGUCAAAGCUGCUCUAGGAAACAACCUGCUCCGAGUCCUAACGGAGACAGAGAAGGUUCGUGACGGACUGGCCGACCAGAGUCCGGAUGAUGUUCCUAUUCCUUAUGACGAGGUGAAGAACCCGUGCAGGACGAGCUACGGUUACCCCGUCAGUACUGGAGCCGUCCACUCCGUCAGCACACUGGCCCUUCUGCUCACACUGGCUCUUAUCACAUUAACACGUUUAUAAGAUGCUAAUCAAUACAACUGAUGCUACUGUACAUCAAUAAUUUGUCUAUUAAUGAUAAUAAAAUCACAUAUCCUCUCUGCUCUGACAUAAAUACAAUUUUAAUGGUUUUCUGCAGGUUGAAUUUGCUAAAAAUGACAGUGAAAAACAGUGACUAAUAAUGGACGUUUAUAAAAUGGAGAAGAUAAUGACAUUUCUAAAUCACAAAUUGGAGAAAUUCACAUCAUACUGGGAAAACUGGGUCAAUUAUGUCGCGCCUCAUAGCCUCACAGAUUUGAUUUUCACAAACCAGUGGCUAUGAUGUAUGAGAAAGAUCGCUCCCUACUGAUACAUGUUUUGUUGUUUCAUUUUGUUGUUGUUGUUAUGGUUGUUUGUUUUUCUUUUCAUUACUUGGAUAUAACCUAAAAUAUUAUUUCGGCAUUUAGGGCAGAAAACAGAUGCAAGAAGUAUGCUCACAUGAUGUAUACAUUGUAAAUGUCUGAUUCUAAAUGGAAAAAAAAAGAAAAAAGAAAAACAGUGACUAGUAACUAACAAUAUUACAUAACAAAGGCAGCGACACAGAGAUUAUCAUGUCAGUCCAGGUUGAGUUUAUUGAAC